GACCAUGUAUCGCUCAUCUUUAUCUAAGCUGAUAGUCACUCCUUUGUCAGCGUCUUCCCUUUGGUCAGGUGUCGGCCAACGGUCAGUGAUGACCAGUAGUAGGUGUUAUCACCAAGUGAUUCAACACUGUCACUAAAUGUGUAAAUGGGGGUGGGUGAGAGAGGUUUAAAAUGAAACAUUUAUUUAAUCACGAACAUUUAGGGGCAAUUCCUAAUAUUUGAGUCCUACACAAAACCAGGCCAUGCUGGGUGACGUUGCAAACAAGGUGAGCAUACCAGACCCUGUUUAAGCUCCUCCCAAGGUGUGAUUGAACCAGUAUAAUAAGAGCAUGGGAGACAUAAUGAUCUAAAAGCGCAUCAAACUUCUGCUUCUCCUAACACCCAAGGCGGAUGUUGAGGAUCGGUGAACGUUAAUGAAACAGGUAAGGGCUUUGUAACUUAAUAAUUUGGUGUUCCAAGUGUUGCCUGAUCAGAAACAUUGUACAGUUAAUUUUCACAGUGCUAAUAGAUAUGGAAUCAGCUGUAAAAGUAAUCAAAUUGAUCUCUUUAAUUCCUCUUUUAUCUUUUUUUGCAUAGUUUUCGUCUUUGUUUCAGAGGUUUGGCACGCGUUUGCUUGCUCAUUCAGUUUUAUGAUGUUUAUUCAUAUUUAUUUUUCACGUAUUUGCAUAUGUGUGUGGACCACAUAUUCUGCGAUUAAAAACAAUACACAUUUGCUUAAGAUUCCACACAUUUUCUUUAAAGAGCAGUAAUUAUGGGAUUAACCUUUAUUUCUAACACAUUCACCUGUAUGCUUAAACAUCAAACAGGGCAUUUCAGACCACGCCGUGUAGGCACUGCUCAAACAAAUCCUCUCAAGGUCAGAUAAGCACCUUGCAGUGUUAUACAAAAGAGGUUUUAUCAGCGCGAAAGAAAAACAGCUCCUAGACUGACAAUCGGACACUGAAGCAAGCCCAGUCCCUCGCCAUCGCAGUUUGUUUAGCAAACGUUGCCAGUGUGAAUGACACUUUAUUAUAACAGAUACUUAUAUCUUCACCCUAGUAAACGACCCUGGAUCUAGUGAGCAUCAUGCAACAGGUCCGCCCUCGCUACGCAAUAGACCGGCCCGGCUUCUCUCAGAGAGAGUUCGAUGAGGAGUUCGAGAGAAAGAGGCGGAGCUUUCCUCUGGGGGACAAAGUGAAAAAAACGUUACGGUGCUCUGGGGGACGACUGAGAAGCCUCCUCUUCAGACACCUGCCGGUGCUGGGCUGGCUCCCCAAAUACAACGCCAGGCAGAACCUCCUGUGUGAUGUCAUCAGUGGGGUCAGCGCAGGCACCAUCCAGGUCCCGCAGGGGAUGGCCUUUGCUCUGCUGGCCAACCUCCCGCCAGUCAACGGGCUUUAUUCCUCCUUCUUUCCUCUCAUCCCGUAUUUCUUCAUGGGCACAGCCCACCAGAUGGUGCCAGGUACUUUUGCUGUUCUGAGUAUCAUGGUUGGCAUGGUGUGCCUAAGGCUGGCACCUGAGUCCCAGUUCAGCCAUUUCAACCACACCCUCAAUGCCACCAUAGUGGACGAGGAGCGCAUGAACCAGGUCCGACUGGCCGUAUCGGGCACUUUGGCCUGUCUGACCGCCAUCAUACAGAUUGGUCUUGGCUUCAUGCAGUUCGGAUUUGUAGCCAUAUACCUUUCAGAGUCAUUCAUCAGGGGCUUCAUGACAGCCGCCGGGCUACAGAUCCUCAUAUCUGUCCUUAAGUACAUCUUUGGCAUCACGGUGCCACCAUACAGUGGGCCACUGGCAGUUGUUUACACCCUUAUAGACAUAUGCUGUGGCCUGCCCCAUACCAACAUAGCCUCUCUGCUGUUUGCCCUGGUCAGCACCGUAGCACUGAUCAUAGUGAAGGAACUGAGUGCCCGCUACCGUCAUAAAGUCCCUUUCCCUCUUCCCAUGGAGAUCAUCAUCGUGGUGGUAGCCACAGCCAUCUCUGGACCACUGGACUUGCCUCAGAAAUAUCAUAUGGACAUAGUAGGAGAAAUCCCACUGGGAUUCCCGGCCCCGAUUCUGCCGACCGUGACCGAGUGGGGGGACAUGUUGAGUACAGCCUUCUCCCUCGCCAUAGUUGGAUAUGUCAUCAACCUCGCCAUGGGCAGGACGCUGGCUGCCAAGCAUGGCUACGACGUGGACCCCAAUCAGGAAAUGCUGGCGUUGGGCUUCAGUAACUUCCUGGGCGGAUUUUUUAAGAUCCAUGUCAUCUGCUGUGCUCUCUCUGUCACGCUGGCUGUCGACAGCGCAGGAGGCUCUUCACAGUUUUCCAGCUUGUGUGUUAUGCUUGUGGUGAUGAUCACCAUGCUAGCUCUGGGAACCUAUCUAAAACCCCUCCCCAAGUCCGUGCUGGGAGCACUAAUAGCUGUUAAUCUAAAGAACACACUGCUGCAGCUCUCGGACCCAUAUUACCUGUGGAAGAAGAACAAACUAGACUGUUGUGUGUGGCUUGUGUCCUUCUUGGCCACCUUCUUCCUGAGCCUGCCUUUUGGCGUUGCCACCGGGGUGGGUUUCUCUAUCCUGGUAGUGGUUUUCCAGACUCAGUUUCGCAAUGGCUCAGAAGUGGCUCAGAUCAUGGACACAGAUCUGUACAAGAACCCCAAGGUCUAUAAUAAGGUGAAACUUCUUGAAGGUGUGAAAAUAAUGAGCUACUGCUCACCCCUUUACUUUGCCAAUGCAGAGAUCUUUCGACGAAAGGUCAUCAAAAAAACUGGACUAGACCCUGGCAAGGUUCUUCUGGCCAGAAAGAAAUUUCUGAAGAAACAGCAGGAGAAAGAGGCACGUGAACUAAAAGCCAUGCAAGACCAGCAGAAGAAAGAGGCCAUGAGAAGGAAAAUGAGCUCGCUGGUUACGAUGAAGAGUCAGACCAUUUCACAAAUUGAUCUGCAGAGCGAUUUUGACUCCAACGGCGCAGCCAGCGCUGACGUCCCCACGAGUUACGUCAACCCCUGCUGCGACAUCACUGGCUCCUUUGACCAGUUACCAGGCGCGCCCCCCGUUACCAUGGAGAUGCAACCCAUGCCCUUUCAUACUCUCAUACUGGACCUAGGAGGAGUCUGCUUCAUUGACCUGAUGGGGACUAAAGUUAUUACCAAGAUGAUCAACACUUACAGCAUGCUGGGGAUCCGUCUGUAUUUAGCCAAUGUUCAAGCUCAGGUUCUGGAGGAGCUGGAGUCAGGAGGCGUGUUUGAGGAGAGCUGUAUCACCACUAGUGACCUGUUCCUCUCUGUACAUGACGCAGUGCUGUUUGCCCAGAGCAAGUCCCCCACUCCCAGCGCUGCGGGGGAAGCAGAAAGGCAGAAGAUAAAGCUGGCAUUUGAUAUACAGGAAGAGGAUGGAGACCUGGAGCAGGAACUCUUCUGAGAGGUUCAUGGGAGACCCAGCUGGUGAUGAAAACCUUGGCAGAACUGCUGCGUGUUUAAUUCUUUUUGAAGGUCAUUCAGGCGAAUGCACCAAGGAUUGUAUUGUAUGAAUUGAAUGCGGAUCUCCACGUUUAAGAAUGCACUGUUGGAAGCAGACUUCUGUAGUGUCUGAAGUGAGGUCUAGAAACAUGUAACUGCUCACAAAUACCAGGAGUGUUUCACAUACACUGAUCGUCCUGUUUCUGCACUGUACACCAGACCGUCUUUGAUGAGUAUUAUUUAAAUGUGGUCAUGUACUUCAUCUAACCACCAGCAGAGGGCAGAAAGCCCCUCUCUCUGAUUUUAAGUAAACAAUAAAGGAAACCUUCUCCGAGGAAGGCGAUAAUUGGUACCCGAGGACACUACAGAACUCUCCAUCACUGGACAUAAUGUCAUUCACACUCACACCAUGACACAUUUUUAGGGUAGCCAAGUUUGACCUAACCAUGUUUUUAGACUGCGGGAGUGAACCAGCGAAUCCAUUCAGGAAGUGCAAGCUCAGGGGCAGGCUUCACGCUGCACAGCUAAAGCACCCAAAUCUGAGAAUAUUACACAGAUGAGCUCAGAUUUGCUCCACAGUGUGUAGAUGUACGAGAUUCUAGUGGGAUUAGACAAUGUGCUGUAUGCAACUGAUGCUUGUAAAAAUGUCUUUUCAACCACAUGACUAACCGGGGUAAAAUGGAUAUCAAAACAUAAACAACUAAGAAACCAUCAGAUCAAUUCAGGAAAUAAAACGGAGUUUUUGAUUAUUAAUCUAUAUUUUUCUAUUGAAGAGUCUACAGUGUACGCUGUACGUUUGCUGGGUUAUGUCGCCCUCUAUUGUCACACGCAAGAGUGAGCAGACUAUAUUUACAUUUAUGGCAUUUAGCUGACGCUUUUAUCCAAAGCGCCUCACCAUUAUGACUGAGUACAACUAGAGCAACUGAGGGUUAAGUACCUUAACCACUGAGCUACCACUACCACUGCAUAUUGAGCUGUCAGUCAAAAUCAGACGUUGUCCAUGUGGUGGGAUGGUUUUAAACCCAAACACUU